AUGCUGCUUCUCCUGCUCAGCUGUCUCUUGCCCACCGCCAAUGGGAAGAGCUGUCUCCACUGCUGGCCAGAGCUGCCUGCACUGAUAGACUAUGACCUGCAGAUUCUACGGGGCACCCCAGGGCCACCUGUGGAGCUCUCCCACAGCCUCCACUCCCUAUUUCUGGACAAUCAUGCUUUCCUCGAAUCCUGGUAUCUUGGUCAAGACCAUUUGGAGGAAACAGCAGGAACAUUAUUCACUCACAUAGAUAAAGCCAUUAAGAAGUUUCGAGAUGAUAAACCAUCACUUCUGGAAGAGGUUCAUGUCCUGAAGCAGCAGUUUUCCAAGCAUCUGGAGGACCUAUGUGAAGAGCUAAAGGAGAAGGACAUCCGCUCCACACUGGAGGUCAUCAGCUGUGCCAACUGCAAGACACACUUCCUCACCUGCCAAGACCCCACUCUCUGCCCAGGGACCAGGAGGACCUUCGUGUGGGCUGUGAGCCUCGGCAUUGCCCUGCCCCUGGCGGCCCUAGCUGGAGAUGUUACAUUUUCUGGCUCGAGAAGAAGAAAAAGAAGAAGGAGAAGGAGGCAGAAAAGGAGGUCCUGGGACAUCCAGAACUCCCACGGAGGGGAAGCUGUGUCGGCCUGGGGGCAGCAAGGCUAG